GGGGUUCUGCGCCGGGAGAAGCGAGAUAUAUACCGAAGGUGUCGACCGACCCGAGGCCGCCAACGUCGUAGCCAAGCUGAAGGCUGUCCACGUCGGCGAGUUCCAGCUGCGAAGGGCCAAGGAUUUGUGCAUCCGCAUCCCCAUGACACCUACCCAUCUCUGGGAGAUCGCCAACACAUGGAACGAUCACCUCAAGGAGGAGACCAACAAUUGGCGGGGCCAGAUAUUAUGGGUCCUUGCGCAGCCUCACCCAGCCGCGGUGAAGGUGAACUCGACCUUGGGUAAGGUGGCGGACUUUGCGACGAGCGAGAUCGAUGCCACCUGUACCACCAAUAUCAUGUGGAAGCCG